UCGUUUUUUGGCAUUGGUAGUAUAGUUCUGUUCUGGGUUGCCCUUCCCCCUCUGAUCUAUCGGCUCACUUGGUAAUCUCUAACCUCCAUCGUGAGAAAAACCUCUUCUCUAGAUAAUCCAUGGGGAGUUGAUACCUCAACUUUUCCUUCCUUUCUUUGUCUUGUUUUUGUUCGGCCCAUUACACUCCUUUGCGCUGAAUUGAAUUUUUCCCUGUUGCCUUUCCGUCGAUCUUUAAUAUUUUUCUCUAAUUCCUUCAAUUGUAUUUUUUCACCCUCAUUCCUUAACCCUUUGUUUUUGUUUUCCUCCUUCGUCGUCACCCUGUCCUGUCGUAACCGUAUUUUUCUUGCACGUUUACGUUGGCAUAGGUUUGCGGGCUACACCACCAAUUCGGUGACUGGCCUUCUGCGCAUGAACUCAAGAAACAAACUUCCAGGACAGCUUCCUUCCUCCCUCCAAGACACCCCCCGUCCCUUCUUCGCACAAACACUUAUUAUUCCUUCCCUGUCAAAUUGAUUAAUUUUGUUCGCUGCAGUAACGUAUUUCCUUCCACCGGUAAGUACUACUUCCGCCCUUCUCCAUCCUGGGUUGAUUGCUCACAGGGGCGGUUCUAAUGCUGGACCAUAGGUCAAACUCUGUUGUAAUAUUCUUAUAGACUAAUACCCGCCAUGGAGUCUCGUGGCAGAGGCGAUCGAACCUCGUACAGAGGUUCGCGGAGACCUUUACAGGAUACGUCCGUUAAUGUAGCUUAUUCGUCACCAACUAGAGUACCGGCUCCACCCAACUACUCCAAGCCUCGGGAAUUCGAUGGGCAGGACCAACAGCAGGCCACUCAGCAAACGUCGACUCGAUCAUACAAGCAGACCGACUCAUAUGAGCCUCCUGGGACUGGAGAGCGUGUCGAGGUUAUCUCCUCGAUCUCCGUGGAUCCCCCAUCCUCGCCCCCAAUCCAGAAGCCGGACGCACACCCUGCUAGAGUUAAGGCACAGGUCGGCCCGUGGCUCCUUGGGCGUACUCUGGGAAAAGGAAGCAGUGGGAGAGUUAGACUGGCUAAGCAUGUCGAAACUGGUCAAUUCGCGGCAAUCAAGAUCGUUGGCAAGGGGAAUGAUGAGGUUGUUGGAGAAGGUGGGCAGGAGAGACCUCUGCCGCCGGGCUUGGAGCGAGAAGUGGUUAUUAUGAAGUUGAUUUGCCAUCCGAAUGUUAUGGGUCUGUGGGAUGUUUGGGAGAAUCGUGGAGAACUGUAGGUCGGCCUGCUGCACAAGUGGGGGGCUACUGAUGCUAAAACAAACAAUCGAUAGUUAUCUUGUCCUGGAAUACAUCGAAGGUGGUGAACUCUUCGAUUAUCUGACCCGUCGUGGUCGUCUUCCGGAACCUGAGGCUAUUAUGUACUUUCGCCAAAUUCUUUCGGGGAUCGAUUACUGCCAGCAUUUCAACAUCUGCCAUCGCGACUUAAAGCCGGAGAAUCUUUUACUUGAUUCCAAUGGAAAUAUCAAGAUUGCUGAUUUCGGUAUGGCUGCUCUACAGCCCCACGGAUCCCUCCUCGACACUCCUUGCGGAUCUCCUCACUAUGCAUCCCCCGAGAUUGUUUCGGGAAAGCAUUAUGACGGGGGAAAGUCAGAUAUUUGGUCUUGUGGUAUUAUUCUGUUUGCUCUUUUGGCUGGGUACCUCCCGUUUGACGACGACAAUAUCCGAAGGCUGUUGCAAAAGGUUAUGAAGGGGCGAUUUGUUAUGCCGGUUGAAUUCUCGAUAGAGGCAAAGGAUCUAAUAAUGAGAAUGUUGACUAUUGACCCUGAAGAGCGCAUAUCCAUGGAAGAGAUCUGGAAACACCCUCUUUUGCGGAUGUACGCCCCUUUGGAUCCGGUCACGGGUGAAGAGACCGACAGGGGUCCGAAGCCUCCACGCUCGAAAGAUAUCGGACGGCCGGUAAAGCAUGGGAGAGACAUCGACGACGGGAUAUUAAAGAAUUUGCAGACUCUUUGGCAAGGUGUUGACGAAAAUACCCUGAUUGAGAGGUUAUUAAAUAAUGUGUAAGUGAUCGCCUUACCCUUGAACUUUGGCCCGAUCCGUGUUAUCUGGGGUUUUUGUGGGUGUUAUGGGCCGCGGCCCAUACGGGCAGAGGUCAUUUCGGUAGUGUGAAUGUUUGGAUUGUGCGAAUUAUGCCCGAAAGAGGAACUAACCCUGGGAUCCUAUUUUCGAUCAUAGACACAACCAAGAAAAGGUGUUCUAUUUCCUAUUGUUGAAGUAUCGAUAUGAACAUUUGGAAAACUAUCCUGGAACCUCCGAAGAGCGUAAAAGCUCCCAGGCAUCCAGCAGUUCGGCAUCCUCCCAUCUCCCUCAACACCGGAUCGGCAGUCGACAAGGAAGACGUGCUGGGACUGUAGCAAGGCGUGGUAGACAUAGAGAAGAUCCUAGUGCUUCUGUAACUGGCCGCGGGUCUGUCGAUUAUCGCCCUCCCACCAGAGGGAAGCCACAAGCCGAGUCGAUCCAUGGUGAUGACCGUGUAAACUAUCAUGCACGGGAAAAAGCGGGAGAUCGCCUACAGUCCAUGAGGGGUAGGCGCAGUAUUGCAGAUCACCGCAACCGAAAUUCUGUGCUUCGGCUGAGGGGAGUGUCCUCUCGGGUGUCUGCAACGGGCUCCAUCCGCCACCAUCAUCACCUCCAUGCUGCUAACACGAAUAGUACUGGUGGCCGGUAUCGCUCUCGGUCUUCACUGGUGAGCCAUAUAAGCACGUCUCCAUCACAUUUCAAACCAAGCGGCCAUUUCAAGCGUCGUGUUAGCUUCAAUCACACUGCUGCUAGUCUCAAUAAUCGUCAUGCAAGAACUGGUGGGUCAAUUGCCUCAAGGAAGCCACUACACGACACUGUUUGGGUCGAUGAUGAGCGCGGUACACGCACUCAGGCUGUCGGAUUUGAUCGAGAGGAUACACCUCGAUUUGAACCGAGUCUAGGAAUAUUCGUACCUAAGGGGAGAAAGGAGAGUAUUGAUAUUACCAAGGGACGCUCAACCCUUUCUAAUGAUGGAAUGGCUUCGAAUGGAAAGAUUAUUUAUGCGAGCCAGCCCAAUCGAAGAGCACAGCAUCCCAGCGAGCAGCAAGAUGCAGAGAGGCGGCGGAUAGUGAGUGAAGAACUCGAAGCAGCUUGUGAUAGGGCUUUUGGCUCUCUGGGAUCGCUCAAGACACUUAGUACCAUGAGAAGCGGUCGCGAAACUGGCGAUAUAAGCUCUCAUACGGUCGAUUCUGUGGAAUUUGCUAAUCUCACGGUUUCUUCUGCUGUUACCACUAGAGCUCAGCAAUCCCGUAAGGAUGACGAUGACAGACCACUACCGACAUUGCCUCCGGAAGCACUUAUUAGAAAAUGUUCGAAUGGUCGCAGCACGCUUAGAAUCUUCGAUGAUGACGAAGCUGACCCCGAUAAAGGUUAUCUGGACGAUGUUCUUGAGCACUUUGACAAGCUUAUGGAGCGUCCGGUAUCCUUUGCCCUGCCCUCUAAUCAACCUCGUGCUGUUUCUCAGGGUGGUAGGCCGCUCAAUUUGGCUAGCACUAAUAAUACUAUUCCCAUGCCUCAUAUAUUUGAGAAGGAGAAAAUUGCUAAACUCGAAGCGCAGAAUCGAGGUUUGGGUAUUGCUCGUGGCGGUGUUGGUAGCAAGUCAAGGGUGGUUUCUGCACCACAACCAAAUCGAAAUGUUUCGUUGGCGGGCCGUCAUCCAAAUAGGCAAUCUGAUAUUCCGCCUUGUGUUGAUAAAUUCGAGCCGGCCCCGUUGAGGAUUCGCCCGAAGAGUGUCGUGAAUCGCCAUGUCCCCAUCGGCAGAGCUGGGGAUGGAAGCAGGAAUUCGAAGCAUUUGAGCCAGCUACCGGUUGUUACAGAUGACUCUGUCGGAUUUGAUCCAGAGCUUAUCCUACCCUCGGCACACAGGGACGAUAGGCAAUCUGUAAAGUUUGCGAAUGACGAAACUCGCGCUAUCGCUACAGGGGCGAAUCUGGUUAUGUCGGGUGCCCUCGCGACGGCGGUUAUGGAUUCUUCGGCAAAGGAAGUCAAGAAGAAGCGUUCCUUCUUUGACGUUUUGAAGGGAAAGAGUAGGAUCGCGUCUGAGCCUAAGGAUCCUGUGGUUGAAGAGAUUAUCGCAGGCGGGACCAAGGGUACUUUUGGGCGUCGUUCUGGAAAUCUUCUCAAGAGGUGGGCUAGCCGUGAUGCUGGGGGCUUGCUGGCUUUUGGGACUUCUAAUGGUAUGACAGUAUAGCUCACUCGACAUUUACCGUCGAACAGUAGUGUUUUUCCUGUUUUCCAAUGCGCUGACUAGUAUCACUAGAUCGCGGCGACACCCAAAGCGUUGCAAACGGGCUCACCUCUUGCUUUACGGUCCCCCAGGGCUCAAAAGAGGGGAGUGAUUGCUUUGGAGGAUUCGAGGAGGAUCAGUUCACUAAGGUCAUGUCCCAGCGCAAUUGGUUCAUGAAAUUCCUUAACGUCAAGCCGGCUAGUCGCGUGAUCUGCUUCAACAUCUCGUCUAUGGCUACGCGUAAAGAGAUCAUGAAGCUUUGGAAGGAAUGGGUUAAAUAUGGGUUGGUGAUUGUUGAGGAUGAUCGCAAAUCUUUGGUUAUGAGGGCUAGAGUUGGAACUCCUAACAGUGAGAAUGCCCCCUCCGGUUUAGUCGUGACCCUUUCUCUAGGGGCGUUCGAAAGUGAACAAAUACUCACGAGGGUGUUUCCUAGGUCUUAAUAUUAAGGAGGUUUCUUUUGUGGGCGAGAUUCGUGCUUAUGGAGGAUCCAGAAAGACUGGAUCGGGUGUCGUGAGAUUCACCCAGGAGAAGGGUGCUGCGUCUUCCUUCAAUCGUGUUAUUGUAGAGAUGACAAAAAAGUUCUCGGAGAAAGGGAUAAUCCUCCCAGAGGACUAGGCUCUUGGCCAUCUCUGAUACAACGGUAGUAUGUACAGCGAAAGGUACUUUUAAAUUUCCUUUCUUUUCUAACGCUGUACUAGAUGCUCUGUACAAAAGCUUUUUUUUUUUACAACUUUUUAAUACCCCAUUCAUGACAGCAACUUUUUCUUCUGUACUUGGAAUAUCUACCUUCGCUCCCUGUCAGGGCAUGCCCAGUCUUUGCAAAGGUUUACUGAACCCUCCGUUGCCGGUUCGAGUCAUACAUUAACCUUUUCAUUGCUUUCCACUAUUGUCUCUUAGUAAACACCACUUUCUUUGAAGUGUUUUUAUAUGUACAAUAGACCUACCUUUCCGAAGGGAAUUCAAACUCUG